GUCUUCUCCGAGCAAUGCUUCCUAAUGGCGAUCUUCAGGUCGCUGAGAACUCUAGCUCGAAACCCUAAUUCCAGAGGUUUUCUCUCACUUUCUCUCUCUUCCUCAACUCCACUCCCAUCCCCUUCACAUAUUCUGUCUCAUCAUCUCCAAAACCCCUUACUCUACCGCUCUAGAUUUCUCUCUCCUCUCUCCAAUGGACCACUCUUCCUCUCUUCUCCACCUUGGAAGCUCUCUCAGUCCGCCACUCCUCUCUACAUGCAAUCCGACGUUGUUUCUCUCCCAAAUGUUGAACAUUUGAAUUUGCUUCGAAGACGAAAAUUUCCGAUCAAUUUAGGGUUUCAGUCGGUUGUUUCUACUCGUGGUCUACUUAAGGAGACUAACAGGAAGGAGUUCAUCCAUCAAGAGGAAAAUAUUACUCGUGGUGGAUUGACAGAUAGUUUCGUGAAUUUGCCGAAUUUGAUUUCGAUGAGUCGAUUGCUUUCGGGGCCAUUGCUUGGUUGGAUGAUUACACAGGAAAUGUAUCUUCCUGCAUUUGUUGGACUGGCCAUCUCUGGGGCAACAGACUGGCUAGAUGGAUACGUGGCCAGGAAGAUGGGAAUAAAUUCUGUAGUUGGUUCUUACCUUGAUCCUCUUGCUGACAAGGUUUUAAUUGGGUGUAUUGCUUUAGCAAUGGUAGAUAGGGGUCUUCUGCAUCGUAAGUAAAGAUUGUAUUUCUUUUUCUUUCUGAUGGAUUCUAGAUUGUUGGAGAAUUGCUAUUGCAACUGAAGUUAAAAUAAG